GAGUCGCUUGGACAUUCCUGCCAUCGCCAAUAUUAUUUUUGUUGUGUGGACAGCAGCUCCCGUUCACAGCGCCGCGCCAGUUUGCGUCUUUGCUUGGAUUUGGAUCUUGGUUGGGCUCCUGACGCGCUGCUCUGCGGUCCGGCUCUGAGCUGUUUGCAGACCUUUGGCAAGAAAGUUUUGAAUCUUCUGACUAAAAGAGCUUGAGAACUGAAGACAGUAUCUGAGCUAAAGAGGACGCAAUGUCGGGAUCGAUACCGUUCUACCAGAAACACCACCGCCAUUAUGAUCGCGGCAACCGUAGCCGAGAGACGGAGUCUGCUAUCAGCCAAUACCAGCAGAGCUCUAAUACUUACUCUUCACAUAGCAGCAAAAGCACCAAGGGCAUCAGAGCUGCCACAUACACGGCUCUAGAUGAGCCCAGGCUGAGCCCUCUGCCCAAGAGAGUCAAACCAACCUAUAUGGCCAUGGACAAGGAGAACCAGAUCAUCGGUUAUGUGGUGCCCAUCUUCAGGGGCAGUCAUGAGUUUCAAAGCGGCCUAUCAGACACUGAGGAAGCACGCGCUAAAGAGAGCGCUGGCUAUCUGGCACGUCGUGACCUCUUCGCUAGUGGCGUGGAGUCGGAGCACAUCGAACACAAGUCCCACAGAACCGUCAUGAGGGAGUCAGCAGAGCGCAUCUCGCUUAGCAAGAGGAUCUAUGAGAACGAAGAGUACCAUAAGCGUCUGAACGAGGACAGCCUGAUGCACAUACCGGAGUUUGUGAUCAAGCCACGAUCCCACACUGUUUGGGAGAAACAGUGUGUGCGACUGCACUGUACCAUCUCAGGAUGGCCUGAACCACGCGUUGUGUGGUACAAGAACAAUGUUAGCAUUGAUCCGAUGGCCACGCCAGAGAAGUACAAAGUGGAGAGCAGCUACAGCGUCCACUCCCUGGAGAUUAACAAGUGUGACUUCGAUGACACUGCACAGUAUCGUGUGUCGGCCAUGAACAGCAAGGGCGAGACCUCUGCUUUUGCUUCUGUUGUCGUCAAAAGUAGGUACAAGAACAAUGUUAGCAUUGAUCCGAUGGCCACGCCAGAGAAGUACAAAGUGGAGAGCAGCUACAGCGUCCACUCCCUGGAGAUUAACAAGUGUGACUUCGAUGACACUGCACAGUAUCGUGUGUCGGCCAUGAACAGCAAGGGCGAGACCUCUGCUUUUGCUUCUGUUGUCGUCAAAAGAUUCAAAGGAGAAAUUGAUGAGUUUCUGCCAUCUCCCAGACUCCAAAGCAGAAAGUUCGGCUUCAAAGCACCUUGUCUGGAGUAUGGAGUGACAUUCGAGACGCACCUCGUGGAGAAGUUUGGUGUGUCUUUUGGACGUGAGGGUGAGACGCUGAGUUUUGGCUGCUCUGUUAUCAUCUACCCGUCACUGCAGCGCUUCCAGCCUGAGAUAGAGUGGUACAGAGAUGAUAAACUGCUGGUGCCAUCAAAAUGGGUUCAGAUGCACUGGAGCGGCGACAGAGCGACACUCACUCUCUCACACCUCAACAAGGAGGACGAAGGACUCUACACACUUCGCGUCAUCACCAAAUCUGGCUUUGAGACACAUUCAGCGUAUGUCUUUGUCAGAGAUGCUGAUGCAGAGGUUGCUGGAGCUCCUGGUGCACCUUUAGAUGUUCAUAGUCUGGAUGCUAAUAAAGAUUAUGUCAUCGUUACCUGGAAGCAGCCUGCUGUGGAUGGAGGAAGCCCCAUUUUGGGAUAUUUUGUUGACAGGUGUGAAGUUGGCAUGACACACUGGGCGCAAUGCAAUGACACUCCGGUGAAGUUUGCACGCUUCCCUGUAACUGGUCUCGUGGAAGGACGAAGCUAUGUGUUUCGAGUGCGUGCGGUGAACAAGGCUGGCAUGAGCCAUCCAUCCCGUGUGUCUGAACCAGUAGCCGCUAUGGACCCUGCAGACCGCACAAGAAAAGGUCCCUCUGCUCCUUGGACUGGACAAAUCAUUGUGACUGAGGAGGAGCCUGUGGAGGGAGUGGUUCCCGGCAGACCUUGUGAUCUCUCAGUCAUUGAGGCCACUAAAAACUAUGUGGUGUUGAGCUGGAAGCCUCCAGGCGAAAAGGGCCAUGAAGGGGUUAUGUAUUACGUGGAGAAGUGUGUGUCUGGCACAGACAGCUGGCAGCGAGUCAACACUGAAAUCCCCGUCAAAUCUCCACGUUUUGCUCUUUUUGAUCUGGCUGAGGGCAAGUCUUACCGCUUCCGCGUUCGCUGCUGCAACUCAGCCGGUGUUGGUGAACCAUCAGAACCGACCGAAGCCACCACGGUUGGGGACAAGCUGGAUAUCCCAUCAGCCCCAGGCCGUGUGGUUCCUACCCGCAAUACAGACACAUCUGUGGUGGUUUCAUGGGAAGCUUCACGUGAUGCUAAAGAGCUGGUGGGCUACUACAUUGAGAGCAACAUUGCAGGGAGCAACACUUGGGAGCCAUGCAACAACAAACCAGUUAAAGGCACAAGGUUUAUCUGUCAUGGCUUGACCACUGACGAGAGUUAUGUUUUCCGAGUAAGAGCCGUCAAUGCUGCAGGAAUCAGUGAAUUCUCACAGGAAUCAGAAGCCAUUAAAGUUAAAGCUGCUAUCACUUCACCCACUCCACCCUACGGCAUCACUGUGCUGGAGUGUGUGCGGGACUCGAUGGUACUAGCCUGGAAACAACCCACUUUCAUUGGCGGCGCUGACAUCACUGGUUACUUUGUUGAUUACCGUGAGGUCAUUGGUGGAGUCCCAGGAAAAUGGCACGAGGCGAAUAUUAAGUCUGUCAGUGAGAGAGCUUAUAGAGUUUCAAAGCUUAAGGAAAACAUGCUGUACCAGUUCCAGGUACGUGCAGCCAACAUGGCUGGUGUGGGCAUCCCGUCUCUUCCCAGUGAGACAUUCAAGUGUGAGGAGUGGACUAUUGCUGUACCGGGACCACCCCAUGACCUCCAAGUGCAGGAGGUGCGUAAGGACUCUCUGGUCUUGCUCUGGAAACCGCCUGUCUACCAGGGUCGUGAUCCUGUCAAUGGAUACUACAUUGAUAUCAAAGAGGCUGAAGCAGACUUUGAGAUGUGGAGAGGAGUCAAUGAGAAAGCUACUGACAAGACAUUCAUAAAGAUCAAGGAUCUAAAGAUGGGGGAAUCGUAUGUUUUCCGUGUGCGCGCUCAGAAUAAGGCUGGUGUAGGAAAAGCAUCAGAUUCUACAGAACCGGUUGAGGCAGUGACUAAACCAGGUACUGCUGAGAUAGUUGUGAAUGUUGACGAUGAUGGCGUCAUUUCACUGAAUUUUGAGUGCUCUAACCUCACCGCUGACUCCAAAUUCGUCUGGUCCAAGAACUACGUGGAAAUGACAGAACCUGAACGCAUGACCUUAGAGACCAAGGGUAGCAAGUCCAAAGCCAUCUUUAAAACACCUUCAGAAGAAGACCUGGGUAUCUACUCUUGUUUUGUGACACACACUGAUGGAGCCUCUGCCAGCUACACACUCUCUGAGGAAACUCUAAAAGAACUCCUGAAGGUCAGCCACGACCACAAAUUCCCCAUCAUCCCUCUGAAGACAGAGCUGGCCGUGGAGCUGCUGGAGAAGGGCAGAGUUCGCUUCUGGUUGCAGGCUGAGAAGAUCUCUGCCAAUGGAAAAGCUGAAUACGUGUUCAAUGACAAUGUGGUCCACCAGGGAGAGAAAUACAAGAUGAACUUUGAUAAAAAUACUGGCAUCAUUGAGAUGUUCAUGGAGUCUCUGGGCAAAGAGGACGAGGGAACGUUCACUUUCCAGCUUCAAGACGGCAAAGCCACUAACCAGUCCAGUCUAGUGCUGAUCGGAGAUGUGUUCAAGCAGUUACAGAAGGAAUCAGAGUUCCAGAAAAAAGAAUGGAUUAGAAAGCAAGGUCCACACUUCGUGGAGUAUCUCGGUUAUGAAGUCACACCUGAGUGCUGUGUGAGACUGAAGUGUAAGGUUGCUAAUAUGAAGAAAGACUCUGUGGCGCUGUGGAUUCAAAGACCUGAUGAACCAGCGAACUCCUCCACUCCACUGAAGAUCCAGAGCACAGAGGAGGGAAUCAGGCUUUACACCUUCGUCAGCUACUACAACGACGAGCUGCAUGUCACCUGGCAUCACAAUCCUUCAAGUUUUCAUCUUUCUUUCUACAUUAUUUUCUUCCCCUGUUGUGAAAAUGUUGUGCUAAAGACGUGCAACUCAGAGAAGCCUGGCUUUCUGACAUAUGCUCCUAUCUCCAAAAAAGAUGCUGGUAUAUAUGAAGUAGUUCUGAAGGAUGACCGAGGCAAAGACACCUCCACCCUCAACCUCACAGACCAAGUAAUCGUGCAUUUAAAUUUAACUUUUAUAUUUUCAGCAUUUGACGAUGCAUUUGCUGAGUUUCAAAGACUCAAGGCUGCAGCUAUUGCAGAGAGAAAUCGUGCGCGUGUGGCAGGUGGUCUGCCUGAUGUUGUGACCAUCCAAGAGGGCAAGUGUCUGAACCUGACCUGCAAUAUCUGGGGCGAACCCAUACCCGAGGUCACCUGGCUAAAGAAUGAGCGCGAGAUGGUUUCCAACGAUCACUACAUUCUGAAGUUUGAGUCGGGCAAGUUUGCCAGUUUCACCAUCACCAGCGUCAGUACGUCUGACUCCGGCAAGUACAGCAUCCUGGUAAAGAACAAGUACGGCACGGAGAGCGGCGACUUCACCGUAAGUGUCUUCAUCCCAGAUGAGGAACCCGGCAAGAAAAAAUAAAACCAACCAAAAAGAAAAAAAUAAACAUUAUGAUUAUGCAAAACUAAAUUACAAAAAAAAAAAAAUCUGCAAGAUUUAGAUGACACGCUGACAGUAAUGCCCUAUUUACAUUGACAAUCUGAAGCUACACUACUGGUCGAAAGUUGGGAAUAAUUACGAUUUUUUUCAUGUUUUUGAAAAAAGAAUCUUCUGCUCACCGAGGCUGCAUUUA